ACAACGUGGUUUAUUCUAUGGCCAAAGAUCUAGAUGUGUUAAGACCUUGGGCGGUGAAAUUCGAACUUAUCAGCGCAGGAGAUGCCGUAAUAGAGCAGGAGCUCCAAACAAGAGUACUGCAAUUCUUUGAUUGGUUUGAUGAAGACGAGAACGAGGAUCAAUGUCGUAAUUUGACUUCAAUUGGUGACUGUAUUGAUCUGGAAUACAUGGAGUUGCUUCAAGAAGCUCGCAACGAUGAAGAAAUUAAAACUCUCGAGGAAUGCAAGUUGUGGAUUAUCAACGACAUCCUUGAUGAUAUCGGAAGCAACGAUGUAUACGACCUGCUGAUUAACACUGACUACAAAGAUUGCGAAGGGGAACUUUUUUUGAGUUGGGAUGGUUUUGGAUAUGAAACCAUUUUGGAUGUGAUCAUGCAGGAGUUUUUGAGCGACAACAGUGAAGUCUCCAUCUUCGACAAAAUCUUGCUCGAGAAAGCAGCGAUUCGUAUUGCUAAUUGGAACACUGAAGAUAAAGUCGAUGUAACAUGCCAAGAUGGAAGCGUUUAUGCUGCAGAUCAUGUAAUAUUUACCCCAUCGGUCGGUGUUUUGAAGUCGGAACAUGCAACGUUAUUUGAUCCCGGCUUAUCCGAAGAAAAGAUUCAUGCUAUUCAAAAUAUCGGUUAUGGUUCAACGGCAAAGAUCGUGCUUCAUUUUCCUGAACAAAUAGAAAAUUUUGAAUACGUUGCAAUUAUUUGGAGUCCUGAAGAACUUAGCGCAGCUAAAGAGGCCAACAAAACCUGGUUAAGCAAUCUUGCGGGCAUUUGGAGAAUGGAAUCCGAUCACAGGGUCCUAGUAAGCUGGUAUGCGGGUGAAAAUGUGAACGAUAUCGAAUACUUAAACGACCAAGAAGUUUUCGAAGGACAAAAGUACUUAAUUGAGAAGAUACUGGGUCCAAAGUUCGGUAUGGGUCUUCCGGAUCAAUUUAUUCGAUCUUCGUGGUAUUCCAAUCCACAUUUCAAAGGUACAUCGUCUUACGAGUCUGUGACAGGUUAUAAGUACGGAGGAAGGAAUUUACCCGAGAAGCUGGGUUUACCUUUAUUGAAUGACAGGGGUGUACCAAAAAUUUUGUUCGCAGGUGAAGCUACACACCCAUAUUAUUUUUCAACAGUACACGGUGCAAUAGAGACGGGAUACAGAGAAGCUGAUCGAUUAAUAGAUUUGUACAAUUUCAAAUAAUACUAUGCAAUGGAUUUGGAUUUGCAUUAAUAAAUUUUCAGAAAUUGAAAUUAA